GAGAAGGAGGAAGAGAAGGAGGAAGAGGAGGAGGAGGAACGGGUUCCUCCUAUUGCAACAACUCCACCACGUCAUGGCUGGAAGGAGGACUCCUUAAGCCACAGCAGCAGUGAAACGCAGGCGUCGGUGACCAGUGGGAUCUCCCUAGGAGAAGCAAUACGUCAGAAAACUGCUAUUAACUGGGGAAUUGACUCAUGGUAUCAACUUCCACCAGAAGUGGAUGCCAGCCAUUUAACUGCUGCCUCAGAGACCAAGCUUGGCCUGACUUGUGACAGAAAUGACCUGACGGAGUUCCCUACGCUGGAGGAAGGAGUGUUGCCUUCAGCAGAAGCAUCUAGAAGGCAGUCUCCUGGAAACAGAGCACAUAGCUUACUGCUGAAUAUUCAGGACAGUCAAUUCUCUCCCCAUCUUCCACUGCUGAUGUAUUCAACACAAGGCCAAAGAUUGUCAGAUGAGACACUUAUCCAGCGAUCAGAAAUGGAUUUUUUUCCCUUAAGAGGAGUCCCUGAUGUUUCUGGUGUGUCUGAGGAGCAUUCAAAGCCUUUGCACAUCCACGAAGCUGUGUCACUGACAGACUCUCCCUCUGAUGCACCCAGCGACUGCUUUACUUUGUCCCAGCAUCCCUUUUCAUUCAGACUUGUGGAACCUUGUGAUGCCAGAUGCAGUGGUGGUUUGUCUCAACAAGCUUCUUUUUCUGGACAACUACUUGUGAGCAAGGAAGCAAAUGAAGACUGUAAAAAUGUAACUAAUGAGGAGGCAUUGAUUCCCCCAUCAAGUGACAGUUUAGCAAACUCCACUUCCCAGGUGAUGCUAUCCAAGGCAUUUAGACUGAGCCUAAUGGAAGCUUCUCUUCCAGUGCUGACCUGUAGCACGUCUGUGAAAGACGAACAUUUCUUCAAUGACAGCAAUGUACCAGCUACUGGUUUUGAGCUUUCAGAGAAAGAAGAAGGGUUGCUGAGACAUGAUGAGUUCUCAUCUUCAGGAAACUCCUCUUGUAAAACAGCACUGACUAAGAAUUCAGAAAAAAGUGAAAGAGAGGUGCCAAAGGAAAAGGUAAAAAUGGCUGAGAGUGAGUCAGAAGGGUGCAUGAGGCAGCUAGAGAAACUGGAAAAAGCAAAGAACCUUCCUGAGAUUGAUGUGUCUGAUAAUUUAUCUGAUGGUUUGGGGAAAGACAAUUGUAAAAAUUCAGAUGCACGAGAUGAUUUUUCUGCAAAGACUUCUGAAAUAGCCAAACUGCCAAAGGAAUGUGAAGUGGAUUUAAAUCUCUCUGAAAGCUUGAAAUUCGCAGCUGCUACUGAGGAACUCCAGGGAGCUUUCUUAGAUCACCAGCAGAAACAACUACCUCCUGCGGUGAGAUCUGAGAAAAGGGAGUUUAUCCCUGCUGUGUCAAGCACCAGUGACUGUGCACCUAAACAACUGGUUGUGCCUAACAUGGAAGCUCCUUCUUCAUGCAGUGAGGAUGCCCCAGUGGAAGUAGAACCUGGAGUGAGCAGGAGUGAAUUAACUAUUUCAGAUUUUUCCAUAGAGAGGGGCCAUCAAGUUACAGGUAUUUCCCCUUCCUUAAAUCUUGUAGGUGAUGGCUCAUUCUCUCUACACUUUGCUCAUCCAAGCUAUCAGUCUACUCCAGGGAUACUUCUACAGAAAAAUGUUAAGGCAGAAGAACUUGAUGGCCUUGUGAUCAAACCAGAUACUCAGGCCUCUCCUUCCUGCUUAAAUGAAGAAACCUCAGGGAGUUUAUCUACCAGGACACUUGUAUCUCUUGAGAAGCAACAUGCACUCCAAUGUGCUCAGAAAGAAAACAAUGAAUAUUUUGAGUCCUUAAAAUUGAAAUAUCCCGACACUGGACGAAUUCAGUCUCUCCCAUCACUUAGUUUCAUGGAGAAGGUAGGGGCUUGGAACGUGAGUCAGCCAGAGGAGGCACCUGAUGCAGUGACUUCACGUGACCCAGGUGGAGCAUCUCCUAGGAGGAAAGCCUACAGCACAAUUGCCAGUUCUUCAAGCAAUAUUUUGUCAAUAGAAAAAAGUGGUAGAGAUCCCAAAGAUUAUGUUGCUGCUUCCUUAGGAGAGACAGGUUCCCUGGGAAGUUUGCGUUUUCAUAAUAAAAACUUAGUCGUUGUCCACCCUCUUACUAGAUCUCAGUCUGACAACACAGUAAAUAUUUCUAGUAGCAACACAUCCUUGGUUGAAGUUACUCCGCCAGCAAACUCAAUGGAGGCAGUGCAGCCUCUAGAAGCAAAAAGUAAUGUUUUAGUAUCUGCAGAUAGCUUAGGAGGCUCCAUGAUACAAAAGUUUAUAGCUGAGAUUGUUUCUGGAUCUAGUGAUGAAGAUGCAGAGAUUAAUAGUAGAGGACAAAGUUCAGACCCAAAUGUUUUUGUUGCCAGUGCAGGAGUUUCUCCGCCCCUUAGAGAAAACAGAAACUCUCCAACUGCUGACUGGAAGAAUUGUGAUGCUCUUGAAAAUCAGUCUCACAGCCUAAGUAUUCCUACUGGUCAUGUCUGCAUGGACAAUUUCAGUGAUAUUUCCCCAGAUAGUUUGAAUCUUCCUGUUAGUUCUGGAGAAAGUAGCCGUGGGGGCUUGGGCUCUGCCGGGUGCUCUUCAGUGGUUUCCAGGCACUUCUUCACCCCUGCAAAAGGUGACAACUUCAUCCCUGUUGGAGCAACUUCUUUGGAAACUCCAGAGAAAGAAGAGCUUAAUAUUGAAGAAAGGAUCCCACUUUAUCUUCGCAACCUUGGCAUUGAUCAGUCACCUGGAACUAUACUGAUGCCGUUUGUACCCCGAGGACCCAUCAGGGAAGUUGAAUUUUCCCCUUCAGAGCUUAGAACGCUGAAGGACUCCACUGACACGCUGACGAGGGCCGCUCCGAAGCCACAGGAUAAAUUGCUGUCAGCAGUUGAAAUUAUGCAAACAAGUUUUAACUCCGGCACUUCUACUCUCAGUAUGUCUAUACCAAUGAAUUCAGAAGUUGGCUCUGAUAUUCUGUCACCCCGUGAACUCUCUCCCCGCUUCUCAAGAUCUUUUGGAGACAAACCAGUGAGUCAGUGCAGUAUGUCAUGCCACCAACUGGAGAUCACUGCUCUGCUUUCCCCGCAACAGGCGGCAGAGUGUUCAGCUGUCUCCAAAGGAGCUGAACCAAACCAGCAGCCGCAGACUGUUUCACCUGACUGCCGUUCCGACAGAGAGAGUCCCAUGCCUGUUGCAAAAAGCCUUCAGGAUCUGCUAGCUAAAAAUGAGUCAAAAGAUGUGAAUAGCAGCCCGCAGAGAUGGACUGCCAGAUCUUUGGCUGGAGUUACAAACGAGGUGGAAGUUGACAGAAGAUCACAGACUUCAAGUGUAGGUAGUAAGAGGAAUAAGGGUCAAGAAAGUGGUUCUUCGAUUGGAUCUGGUGCUUUGCAAGAAAUACGUAAGCUUUUGGCAGAGGCAGACGAUAUAUCUGGCAGGUGGUGUGUCCUUUCCACUGCCUCUUCUAGUGAAACUGGUGAGUCUUCCCCAGCGCUGAUUAGUAAGGAGGAUGGCACCAAAGAUUCCAGGUUAGUGAAAGACAGAGUCCCUCAGUUUCAGAAGACACCGUCAUGGGAUGAGACUACGACCAGAAGAAGUAUGCAAGAGGAGGGGUUGGUAAUAAAGCCUCUGAAUUAUAACACAUGCAAUUUAAGAUGGGAAAAUUCUUUUGAUAUUAAUUUGCACAAUAGUGAAGAGAUGAUGAAGGAAAUGACCAAAGAGUUUAGGACAGGUAAAUCUGUAGGAAGGUCUGAGCCAGAAGGCUGUAGUAGUGUAACCACAGACAGAAAUCAACCUGGUUUUGUGGGUCUUGAACAAAGUGAUGGAAGUAGUGAAGUCAGCACUGGAAGAACCUCAGAGUUGGAGAAUCCUUCUUCCUCAGAGCCUCUAGGCAGGGUGACCGAUGUCACAGGAGGCUUCCAGAGCAUGUCUAGAGCAAGUGUAGCCAGAAGCAAAGCAGGAGGCAUGCGAGGGAGUGAGGAUAGUAGCAGUGGGGAUUCAAUAGCUGCCUGUGUCAGAACCCUUCUGGGGAAUCCUUCCUCAGAGCCUCUAGGAAAUGUUGAUGUUGCAGGAGACUUCCAGAGCACGUUGUCUAAGGGCACUGCAGCCAGAAGCAAAGUAGGAGGGAUGCGAGAGAGCGAUGAUAGUAGCAGUGGGGAUUCACUAGCUGCCCGUGUCAAAAACCUCCUGAGGAAUCCUCCUUCCUCAGAGGCUUUAGGCAGUGCCACAGAUGUUUCAGGAGGCUUCCAGAGCGUGUUGUCUAAGGGCACUGCAGGCAGAAGCAAGGCAGGAGGGAUGCGAGAGAGCGAUGACAGUAGCAGUGGGGAUUCACUAGCUGCCCAUGUCAAAAACCUCCUGAGAAAUGGAUCACCUGUUGCACACACAACACAAAUGCUGAAGAGCGCAGAGGAAGAGGAGAGGAAAGCGCGAGCAUGGGUGAAGCUCAAACUGGCCAGCCAAUCUCAGGGAUCUGUGUCAGACUCGAGUGAAGAGGACCAACAAAGACUAGAAGAAAUAAAGGCAGAGCUGCUUCUGAGUGCCAAGAAAUCUGCACUAGCCAAGGAUCCACGAGUAUGUGUUUUGGAAGCUGCUUCUGAGUAUAGCCAUAAUCAGGAACAGGACACGGAGUAUUUCCAAGCUCCAAGUGACAAAAGAUUUGACAAAACUUUGACAAAAGCCAUCAGGACUGAGGAGACUGUAGAGUCAAGCUUACGACAAGCCGUGCCAUUACAUCGAGCUGAUUCUUCUGAUUGUUGCCUGCUGGAGGAUACGCAGUUUAAAACUUCAAGCACCGUUCAGACACCGAUGCAUCGAACAGUUACAACUAGUCAUUCUGAUCCUGUUGUUGAACUUCACCCCUCAUUGCAGGAGUGGAAUUCAUGCGCCAUCAUGUCUGCAGCUGCUUCAGAUGUUCAAACAGAUGUCCAUUUACUAGCUCAGAAGAAGCUGUCUCUGGAAGAGUGUUCGGAAGAUAUGGCAAAGCAAAUUACUUCUAUCACCUUUUCGUCUCGGAGACGUUUGACUUCCAUGGCACUCGGCUGUAGUCUUGCUAGAGAUGGCCUUGAUGGGAUAAUGCCUUUGGAGGUUGACUCUGCUAGCCCUGAGGAACAGAGCCAUGGCAAACAACACUGGGGAGGAUCUAAGACCUGUCCUCCUUCAAGUCCAAUGCUUGCUGGCUCAGUGUCUAAAGAGAUUGGUUUUUCUUCUGAGAAAGACAGGUUUCAUCCUGUCUUUGCUGACAGUAACAGAGUUGGAGCUUAUCAAGAAACAGACUGUUCGUCAGAGCAGGAUUCUGUAAGCAUCCAUGCUGAUAAAAGACAGACCCUUAGUGCAAAAAAUUCUGAUGUUCUGCCUCAAGAUGAAACUGAAUUGGGCGGGCAUAGUGCCAGACUGGUGGGGCUUGACUGUGAUACAAGAUGCAUUCAAGAAAUUAAUAGAUUUAAUGAACCCCAUUCUAUAAGCUCUGACCAGCAGGAGAAAAGAAGCCCAGCUGGUCACAGCCAAUUGUAUGGAAGCUUAGAAGGUUCAGGUCCAGCCAGCCAAACUGAUUUGCUGAAGGACCACAUUAAGCUGUUGGCAGAAGAGGAGAAAAGUCCUUCUGAUGAAGUACCUCUCGUUCAGAAAGAGGCUGCGAGAGAGCAAAUCGGUACAUCUCAUCAUUCGUCUACAGAUGAGAUUUUAUCCGCCACGUCUGUAUCUCGUUCAUCACCAACGAAGAAAGUACUGUCUUGUGUCCACAUAACCCUCUCCUCAAAGUCUAACAACUCAGAGCUGCACAGUGACGUGAAUACUGAAAAUGAAAUGAGAUCGGGAGAUAAACCCGAAGUUAAUGCUCAACCAGUGUCUUUAAAAACUCCAGAAACUUUAGUAGAAGCUGUUUCUAAAUUACCAGCUGCUGACCUUAUUCCAGAAGAUCAAAGAUCUUUAUCUUUCCCAAUGCCAGUGUCUUCAGCAGAUCCCUGCCUGGUGCUUUCCUCUGUUACAAGCACAGCAGGGCAGGAGCAGUCUCUGCAAACCACUGAGAGACCACAGGGUCAGGGUUCAGGAGGGUGUAAUCUGAAGAAUAUCUUCAACUCUGUAGUUCCUGCAAAAACUGGGAAAAGUACUUCUGAUGCUGCCACUCAGAUAACAACAGAAAGUCCUGAAAAAACAACCUUCUCAGCAGAAAUUUAUGUUAAUUCACACAACGACGGAAAUGCCGUCCACCAGUCAUCUCUCCAGAAAGCACAUGAACUUCCCAACAACGCAACUUUAUCUCUUAACAAGAUUUCCCCUUUCCCAAGGCAGGGUGAUCAGCCCUUACUGCUGCCCUAUAAACCUUCUGGAAGUACUGGGAUGUAUUAUGUUCCUUAUCUAAAGACAAGAUCCAUAAUUUCUCGAGAUGGGUCAGAAACCAAUGUUGAGAGCUCUCACUCAGAGUCAAAUGAUGCUCUUCCUCCAAGGUUUCCAGCAAAAGUGCUUGGUUUAAGGGAUGAUAAUCCUCCAGACAGUACAGCUAUCAAGUGUAAAGAAGGAAUCUACACGAAGAGGGCCAAGCCCAAGCUAGCCUGGGCUGAGGAGCAAAUGAUACCACUGGAAGCUUCCCCAGAAUGCACAGAUCGUUCGAAGUCUGUAAAAACCACUCAUUCAGUCUUCAAAUCUGCACGGUUCUACCUUCAGCAUCCAACGCCCAUCUGUGAGAGCUACUUCUUGUCUAACAGCGAGCUGUCAGAAGACAGUUCUGGUAUCGGACAUGCUAGACCUUCCUCAAGUGCCAUCUUACAGAACUGGAAAAAAGCACGUCGUCAUCAGCGUGUUUUCUCUGUUUGUCAUAAAAAAGGUGGUGGAAAUGAAUUCUGUCCGCUCACUGCGGAAGCAGAUUACAGCAACAGUGAGUAUCUAAAUGUUAGCACAUCUUUGGGGAAUGAAAUGCCACGGAAGGAGCUACCUCAACGUGGAGGAAGAGAAGCAGAACAAAAGGCAGCUAGAAAUUAUCCUUCACCAAGUAGCCAAACCACUCGCCGUAAUGAGAAUGUGGAGAAAGACCUACCACCGAGACAGAGCGCCCACUCCCCUGGUAGCUUAGAUGAGCUCUGGAUUAAGUUUUUGGAGUGCCAGAAGAGACACCAGCACCGUGAUUUUAAGAGUAAGGGUGAACUGUCCCUUGUUGAACGCCUCGAUCGAUUGGCCAGGGUCCUUCAGAAUCCCAUUCAGCAUACAUUAAUACCAACAAGAUCCGAAAAUAAUGUUUCUGAGAAGAAAAUAAAGGGAAGAGAGCAGACUAAAAUAAAACUUCCAGAAAGGAGCUUGUCUGAAAACACCUUAGAGCCUAAUGCAACGCAUGUUGAAGAAAGACCACAAAUCACCCAUGAUAAAAAUAACCUUGUUGAGCUCGGGAAAAAUAGGUCAGGUGAGAAAAUUAUCCGCCACAUGAAUAAAAUUUUGGAGCACCAGCAGUACUUGGAAACUCCUAGUGAUGCUUCCACAGAAACGAGGCUUAGUAGAGAUCAUAGCACCACGAUCAGUUCCACCACCUCGGAAUCAGAUGCGGUGACCCAAACAGAGACAGAAACUGCUACUCAGACUGAGAUGAGCAGUUCCGUUUCCACCAUUGAUACUGCCAGGCUGAUCAGGGCUUUUGGGCACGAAAGAGUGCGGCUGUCACCAAGACUCUCCCAACUUUAUUGUACAAUCAACCACCAGAAAAGUCGCUCUGAAAAGCGGGACAAAGGAAGUGGCAAAGAAGUGGGUGUAGAAUAUCCAAAGGUCACUUCUGAGAGACACAAGAAAAGGAAAGAGAUCCAGAGUGCCAUCUCCCUUUCAUUGGAUUCAACCUCUGCAAGCAGCAGUUCCUGGGGGCCAAGCUCUGCUCUUAGUAACAAGCGACGGACUCGGAUGCUAAACAAAGGUAUCCAAGCAGGAGACUUGGAGAUUGUGAACAGUGCAACUAAGAAGAACACUCGAGAUGUUGGUGUGACUUUUCCUACCCCAAGAUCUAGCCAGCCAAAUCAACGGCCACAGGAACCCUGGCAUUGUGUGGAUGGUAUUUUUGGAGAGUCAGAUGGUAUGGUCACAGAUCAUCAGGCAGCAGGAAGCAAGGAUAAGCAGAAGGGACAGCCAGGCAAUUUUUUUGUGGAGAAAAGGACGAAAAGGAGCAGGCUGCAUUUGCCACAAGGGAUAUCCUGGUUCGUCCAAGCAGAAGACUUGAAAUCUGAAUCUAGGAAAGAAAACCAUUCCAAUUCCUUUUCUGGUCCCGGACCAUCUUGGUUUGAACCAUUGACCAGCAUGAAGCCUUGGAGAGAGCCUCUCCGGGAGAAGAACUGGCAAGAGCAGCAGCACUGCAGCAUGAUUCGGCCAGCAGUUCCAGAAAGAGAUGCUGAGCACAGGUCCUCACGGCCGUUCGUGAAGCUGACGCUACAGGAGGCUCUUGCAGUGCAUCGCCCUGAUUUCAUCUCCCGUUCUGGAGAGCGUGUGAAGCAUCUGAAGCUUGUAAUGGAGGAGAGGAGGAUACAGAGCGUACUGCAGUCUGAACGAGAGAAGCUAUUUAAUCCUCCAGGGAAAAGAAAGGGCUACAGGAGUGCAAGUCACAUGAUGUCUGACAGAGGUUUUCUGAUUAGAGAAAAGAGAAGAACAAUUCCAAAGAGUGAAAUGGUUCAAAGAUCUAAACGGAUCUAUGAACAGCUGCCAGAGGUGCAGAAGAAGCGGGAGGAAGAGAAGAGAAAAAUGGAAUAUAACUCAUACCGCCUGAAAGCACAGCUUUAUAAAAUGAAAAUCACCAACCGUGUCUUGGGGAGGAAGGUUCCUUGGAACUGAUAGAGAUCUCCUGUUCAAACGAAGGUGUAUUGUGCUUAGCAGACUUGCAGCGUAAAGGAGAUUGUGAGAUGUGAAAAAAAUAGUGCAGUAAAUACUUGUGCGGUGUACGUUUUGUGGUGUUCAGUCGUGUUAUUUUUGUACUAAUACAAUCUUGCCGUAUUUAAGAAUCAGUGAUUUGAUAUGAAUGUCAGGUUUUAAAAUAAAUGGCUGGGUUUUGUAGUGAUGUUAUGCACUUCCAGUGUAAACAUAGUUUGGAACUACUUGGUUCAUGAUGUAUUUAUAAUGACCUGAUUGAAAUAGCAGUUUUAUAUUAUUAUUUUAAAUUGGAUUUAACAGUGAUUUUUUUUAAAUUUUCUAUUUCAAAGUAGAAAACUUGUAAAGUUUUUACUGCGAAAACUCUUUAAAUAAAUAACA